GAUGAAACGAAUGGAUUUCGUUGAACGAUGAAUCCUACUGACUUUGAUGAUCCUCAGACUUCCUCUAGUGCCACCAUCAGGACUAAAUGUUGGUGUGUCCAAUACUUUAAGGUAACAGAACUCAUCACAUUCCCAUCAGCCUUAGAUGUACUUCAUGUUAAGCGCUGAUUAGCACUUAAGCUAGCUAACACGCUAAACUCAGAUGGUGAACAUGGUGAACAUUAUACCUCAUAAACAUGAGCAUGCUAGCAUUGUAAGCAUGUUAGCACCCUGACGUCAGCAUCGAGCUGGUAGACUGAGUAAAACCGCUUCAUAUUUCUAUUAGAACAGCUGCUGUUUGGCUUUCAGAGCAGCUGAUCACAUGCAUGGCUCUGAAAUGUCUUUUGCUUUUAUCCCUGUCCAAAGAAAACCAUGUAUAUACAUUUGGAGAUUUUUAGUUUUCCAGAUACUUUAAUGGGUUGAGAGGAAUCUAUUUAUUACGCUAACUAAACCACAAAAAAGAUGAAUGGAAUUGGUGAAAAUGUGUGGUCACGGGGGAGAAAACUAGUUUUUCUUAGCCAUUUUAACAAUGCUGCUGUAUGUUACUGGAUUCCAGCCAGUUCGGUGGCAUCUGAAUUAAUGUAUGACGUAACUUUGAGUUCAUUAACUGAUGAUCUAUUGAGUGUACACUCACCCCAUAAACUCGCAGUGACUUGGUCAUAUUGAGAAAGAGGAAUUGACCCAUCAUACAUCCAGUCGUGCAUCAAAUCCACAUGUUAUGUAUUAGUUGUGCAUUUACUUACUGCGUGUUUGUUCCUGGAUUAUAAAGGUGUUGCUUCGACUUUCCACCCUGAUGAUGAAGCUGUUGAUCCUUUAGUUACCAUCGUGUUAGUUUGAUUGUCGAUCACGAGUAUUUGGAUGCUUGUUAACGUGGUCACAGUUUUCUCAAACCCAAUUUCAUUUCAUUUAAGAUUCUUACCUCACUCAUCAUGAUCAUCAUGAGACGGUGCAGCAGAUCAGGCACAUGAUGUGAGAGAGCAGACCGUGUUGAAUGUGUUUCUGUUGAAGGGCUCUAUACAUACUGAGGUCUAUAUGUGGUAAUCGCCAGUCUAAUCCUCCUCCAACUCCCAAGUUCCUAAUGUUAAGUGUCCACAGUUCCAUGCUGUGGCUCACAGUUGUUAGUUUUCUGAGGUAGAAGCUGGGGGAGGUUUUUUUUGUUUGAAAAUAUCAAAUUGCAUGCAGGGAUGGAUAAGCACAGGGCUGUUGCCAUCUCAAUCCCUCUCCAAUUUGAGUCACACAGAUGUGAACAUGUGCGGAGAAUAUGUAGAGCAGUUGUUUGCUGCAGCAUAUGUGUUUGCAGGUGUGAGGACACUGGGAAUAAGGCCACUUUUAUCAGUAGUUACUCUUAAAGGUGUUUUCAUAAAUCUCUAAUGGCAACCAUGACGAGUAGCUCAACACUUGGUUGUCAUGACCUAAAAUAGAUAAAAGGGAAAGUCAACAUUAUGUAUAUUAUGUCUGUAUGGAAACCUGAAAGUUCAGAUCCAGUCGUGUUUGAUGUCCGUUUGUAUGCUUUUUGUGUGUCAGUUCAGAGCGAGAGAAUAAAUUAAUUUAUAUAUUUUUUAGAAAAUGAAAGCUGUACUAUUAUUAAAAAAAAGGACUGUGGCCAAUAAAGAGUCUUACACAACAGAAAUAAUCUCAAAGUCAGACUCAAGUCGACAUCUGCACUCACUGCCUUAAAACAUUCAUAGGUUCUGUUUCACGGCUCCAAUCCGAGAAAAAUCAUAAAAAGGCUUUUCGAGGAGGCCAAGGAGAAGACGGUGUACAGUAGACCCUUGUCGGUUUGUACAAAUAUACUAAGUGAGAAAAAAAAUAUUUAUUACCUGCAUUGGAAGACAUUGUUUACUUAUUGAAUGUUACCUGUUUAUGUAGAAAAGUUUAGAUGUAAUAAAAUGCAUUGUGCUAGUUCUUCGUGUGUUUUCCCUUAUUUGAAACGAUGGGGCCUGGAGGAACCUGUUACCAUUGUAACAGCCUGUUACACUUAGAAAUGAACACUGGGUGGCAGUCGUUUCAUCCAACUUUUCCCCUGCUGUGAUGAUGCUAAACAUUUACGCACGCUCUGUUGGUUAUAGACGGUGCUUUUCUGGUUGUGACACCAGCUUUAUAUAACAUGAAUAUUUGCAAUUUUUAACUGCAUUUUUAUUUUUGUAUUUAAAGUGAUGGGGAAGCAUAACGCUUCUAGGAGCCUGCGUUACGCACCAGACUAAUGUGCGCCAAUAAACAGCUCAACCCCGUCAUUCCUGUCAUGCUGUCAGAGCAGUGAUGUUAGAGUAUAGUGUGGGUUGAAGAGGAUAGGAGGGAGGAGAGGACAGCAGGGUGGGGUGGACACAGACGGAGUAGCCUAUGGUAUGGCAUCAUGUACUAAAGUGGCACUCUAAGAUCCAGCUCUAUUUGGACAGAAAUGCUUUAUCUACUUUAAGUAUAGACUCCUCACUGACGAGAUUAUCUGUGUAAUUGUAGCCAACGUGAGCUGCUGACAUUAUGAAUGAAGAAAAUGAGAGCGCUUGUUUGAACAGGUCACUGAUGGAGGGGGGGUGCUUCAGCAACCUGGAGGACAUCGACGUGACAGCUGACGGUAGCCCGGUUCUGAGAUUCCUCAUCUGCCUUGUUUAUUCUGUUGUAUGCGCUGCGGGUCUGAUGGGCAACCUGCUGGUCAUCUUCUUCAUCAGGGUCAAACAAGAGAGGAAGAAGUCCACAGUGAACUUCUUCGUGCUCAACUUGGCAGUGACGGACCUGCAGUUCGUGCUCACUCUGCCCUUCUGGGCCGUGGACACCGUGCUGGACUUCAGCUGGCCGUUUGGAGACGCCAUGUGCAAAAUCAUCCUCUCGGUCACCGUGAUGAACAUGUACGCCAGCGUGUUUUUUCUCACUGCCAUGAGUGUGACCCGCUACUGCUCGGUCGCCUCGGCUCUGAAGAACAGAACCAGGCAGAAGUCCUGUCCCGCCAAAUGCACCUGCGCCAUCAUUUGGACACUGGCGACUCUGGCGACUGCGCCCACGUCCAUUUUCUCCACUGUCAGCAACGUAACUGGAGAAAAACUCUGUUUGCUGAGGUUUCCUGGGGGUCAGUACUGGUUAGCAGUUUAUCACAUACAGAAGAUACUAGUUGGCUUUGUCUUGCCAAUGUCCAUCGUGUCCAUCAGCUACAUCAUGCUGCUGCGUUUCAUUCGCAAUCGGAGUAUGAAAACAAGCAACCCCAAACGGAGAUGCCAAGUCACAAAAUCUAUCACCAUCGUCGUGUUGUCCUUCUUCCUGUGCUGGAUGCCGAACCAUGCCAUCACCUUGUGGAGCGUGCUGGUCAAACUGAACGUUGCAAACUGGGACAAAGCCUAUUACAUAGUCCACACAUAUGUGUUCCCUCUGACCGUCUGCUUGGCUCACACCAACAGCUGCCUGAACCCGAUUAUUUAUUGCCUCAUGAGGAAGGAAUUCAGGAACAAACUGAGAAGUCUGAUAUACAGAGGAUAGUUUCGGAGAUUUGAGAAUAAAGUGAUGACAAAGCGCAAAGUGCGCACUGCAAGAAAUGGGCCUGGAGUGAGAGAGCAGACCUGUCACAAGGCACAAUGAGAACAAGGAUUAUCAUUUCAAGACUACUUACUUCAUUCUGUUCAAUGAAUAGUGGGACUUGCAUCAGCGCUUCUUGUCUUUAAGGGGUUGCAUAAUGUGGUACGUUUCAAUAGUGAAACAUUUAUAGCUGGUUUUGGGCUUUGCGCGUAAUUGCUAAGUUUGUGUGUGAAUUUCAAAGCGCACUGUUGCUUUGCGUGUUAAACAACCAUUAGGUGUGGUGUGUCUCUAGGCUACAGUAAGUGUGCGUAAUUGCGCAUUAGUGUGCUCGCAUUAUAAUUGAACUGAACUGCGCUUUUGUGCUUUUCUGUGAAGGUUUUUGUAACCAGUGCUUGUCCAGGUGUGUUUACCAGAGAACCCCGGAUGCAAACACCGCCCCCCUCCACCAUCACAGCUCAUGUGUUUAGGUUAUUUACUACUAUGACAAAAUCAAUCGUUUGGACACUUAAGACAACGAACUGUGUGAAAUAUGGUUGUUGUAA